UUAAUUGGAUGUAUACUACAUAAAUAAAUAAAUUAUUAAAUGUAAUAUUGGAUUACACAUAGCCAAUGUAUGGAUUAUAAAUGGAAAAUUGUUGAAAAGAGAGAGAUUGCAGCCACCAUAGCCGACCAUCCGUGUGCUUGGAACAAUAGCAGAGACCAUUGACCGACAAGUCUACGCAACAAUAGCUGCAAAAGUGCCAGGCUGGCCCCAAAACUAUUAGCCAAAGAUUGUCACUCAACUAAUGGAGCUAUUUUGCUGCUGGGCUCAAAUGUAAAACUGACACCAAAGUGCCAACAACGGACACAGCAAACAAAAUACCAACAGAAUAUUUUCUACGGACAACUUCAUCAGCUCACUGCUGCAACGGGAGCAAAGCGGUACGACCACAUGCAGACACCCACAAGGCUAGGAGCAACAGGAUUUCCAUAAACAAGAAUGCUACAGAAAUAUCAUCCGAAUCCUUUGUCCCAUUUUUUGGCUCUGCACAAUUCACAGGCAACGCACAAUCAUGUGGUGGAUGCCCACACCUUGGCGACAACCCUUGCGAAUAGUCACAGUCAAUUUCAACAACAGCAACAUUCCCUCCAUCACCACCAACAACACCACCAUCAUCAGCAACAACAACAACAACUGCACCACCAUAAUCAGCCACAACAAACUGCCUCGGCCUUAUUAGCGAAUCAACAUCACAACACCCACCACCACCAUCAUCAUCAUCUACAACUGGCGGCGGCAGCAGCAGCCCAACAUUUGAUCUCUCAUAAUUCGCCAAGCCAACAGCAGCAGCAGCAUCAGCAACAACAACAACUACAUUCACCCAUUCUUCAUUCGCCACUAGACUGCCAAACUACAAACCCCAACCUGCGCCAGCCCAACACCCCACCCACACACAGACACACACAGCAGCUAAUCGAGGAGGCAGCGGCAACGGUGAGCACAACCCUUGAUGCUGGCAAAUCCUUUACAAUAGCCGCCAUUUUGGGUUUACAAAAGAGUGCCAUGGAGAGCUCGUGCAAAGAAUACACCAACAAUGUGAUUAACCUUUCAUUAAAUGGUGGUAGCUCGAAUUGUACCAAAAACAACAACAACAGCAACAACGAAGAAACAGUCAAUGGCCAUGACGACAUGAAUGGACAAAAGCAUCAACAGAAUCUAGCCACCCCCGAACACAGGCAUACAGAUGAACUACAAACCCAUUUGCAACAACAACAACUCCAUCAUCCCCAUCAUUUGACCCAUGCCAAUCUUAACAGCAACAACAACCACAGAGAUGUCACAAACUUAAAUGUAAAUAAAUCCGUAAUUCCAUCAGCAUCAUCAUCCACCACCUCAUUGUCGUCUAAUAUUUGCCACAAUAUCAUGACCUCUGUGGCAGCGGCGGCCAAUACUGUAAAUAAUAACUGUGAUAGUGUUCCAGUUGCAACAUCUGCCGCGGCCAAUGUCAAUGUGCUAAUGAAUCGUUACUUGCCCUCGGCCAUGGUUAAUGUGACAGGUAGUGCAUUUGCCACGACAACACCUGCAAUGUCCCAUCAGCAACAUUCUCGGGCGAAUAGUUUUGUGGCGGCAGCAGCAGCCGCUGCAGCCGCAGCAGCCAAUGUACCGGGUGCACCAUCCGCAUUGCAGAGUCUACAACAAUUGCACCAACAACACGCGGCCGCACAUCAGUCCAAUCUGAGUUUUCAACGUGAAAAACUGAAAGCAGACAACAGUUCGAAAAAAUCCUCACUGAAAAAUAAAAGAGUGCGCACCAUAUUUACCCCUGAGCAGCUGGAACGUUUAGAGGCGGAAUUUGAAAGACAACAAUAUAUGGUGGGUCCAGAACGUUUAUAUUUGGCACAUACACUGCAAUUAACCGAAGCUCAAGUCAAAGUUUGGUUUCAAAACAGACGCAUCAAAUGGCGUAAACAUCAUUUGGAAAUAACACAACAGCGAUUGGCUCUUUUGCGACAAACUCAGAUUGUGCCAGGCAAUAGUACAGAUCAAACUACAGUUAAAGUAGAUGGUACCGACGACGACGACGAAGAUUGUGAUAAUAUAAAACGUGAAGAGCUUAGAGAUCUCAGAGAAGAUAGUAGACAAGAUACCGAAUCCGAGUUGUCGGUUUGUAAUGAUUCCAUGGAUGCCGAAAGUAUCCUAGAUGAUGAAGAAGAAACGUAAGAGAGAUGUUCAGCGAGUGAAGUUGAUUAUUUGAGUUGAAUUGUUUUAGCGAUUUGUAAAUAGAUUUGAAAUGAUAUUAAGAAAAAAUGUACAUAAAUAAA